UGCCAACAGCCAGAGAUGGACCUACCGACAACUUGUAUUUAUUGCCCAUAUUUCCCCUAAAAUCUGCCAAUGAAGUGAAGAAGUUUUGAAUAUCCAAUCAAACUCGAGCCGGUCUGUCUCUGGCUGUGGGUUUGGGGCUUAAAGCAAAUUGCUAAGGAUGCAGUUUCAAUUGUUUGAGGUGACAGCAAGGCAAGUGUGAUUGAUUUCUUUGGAAUCCGGAGACAGCAGUGCUCUCUGCUAGUUGCCUUCUGGUGCCUCUAGGUGUCUUAGUCAGCGUUUAUCUGUGUCAGUUAAUAGCCCACAUACAGUGUGGCACAGUUUGUCAAUUUCACCACGACUGCCUUCAUCCUAAUGUGUGUGUAUACAGUAGGUUUAUGCAACAUUUUCCCAACAUUUUUAAGCCUACGCUAACCUCUUGACCUACCCGUUACUGACUGACUGGCUAGUAGUAAUCGUGCCCAAGGUAAAAUACAUUGAUUGUGUAUAUUAUUAAAUAAAGGAAACCACAUUACUUCCUGAUUAAAUAUACAUUUACAUUUAAUUUGGUGGUGGUUAUUUACUGGUAAAAUGCAACAAAGAUAUUGCAUUUUCCUUGGAGGACUCCUGUAGUAGGUAGCUGCAACUUAUGAAUUUUGCUGUUAUUAAAGUAUCAAUAAAACGCUUUGAAAACUUUAUGAGAUUUGUGGAAACAUUUCAGAUUACCUUGCCUCAUUUUGUCACGCUGAUGGCGACAAAAACAAUAGCAUUUAAAAAAAGAAAAGCUACAUGUUUCAUUCAACACGUUGUGGACAUACAUUGCUUUCACACAGCCAUGCACAAACUGAGUCAAGCUACAUUACAGGAAACAGGUGGCACUUAAAAGGCAUUCUUUUACAGUGCAGGUACAUCAGGUACAUGCUGUAUAUCAUAAAAAAUUAGAAGAUGCCUGGUGGGGUACUUUGUAGUGACCGUAACCAUGCAUUUUCAAGAUUCAAGAGAGUUUUGAGUAGAGAGCCGUCAUGCUGGGUCUUUUUAACUUGCAUCUGUGAAGGUUGGCAGUUAAAGCGAUACAACCUGGUGGCUACGUAAGCCCUCCGCUAGAGAGAGCACUGCUUGUCUGAGGGUGGAGCUGUCGUCCCCUCCUUUUCACCUGACAUGUGUUUUGCUGCAUGAGAUGGUUUUUAUUUGCGGGAUCUAACUCUUAAAUGCAUAAAGAAGUGAGGUGUUCUUACAUGCAUUAAUUCAUGACUUUGUGGAUUUGGAGUGUUUACUCGCAGUAGCUCUUCUGUCCCCGAUUCACUGUCGUGCCAGCGCCAUUGUUUCAUCUAAAUUAUGCAUGUCUCAUCCUUUUUUUUUUUUUUUUCAUACAUAAUGGCCCCGCAUUGCAUAACACUUUUUUCAUUUUUGGAGUUAUCAGUUUAUUGUGGUUGCAAUGCUGUGUAACAGCAGUGUCGCUGUCAUUUGAGGCAACGUACCCUCACUCUUCUUCGCUCUUCCCUCUCCUGCCAGCUCAUUGCCAUGCAUACGUUCUCGCAGGCAAGUGACCUUCAGAAUACUCCUCAUCUACUUUCCUCUUCUUUUUCCUCUACCCACACAUCAGCAGCCAGUGUCAUAAAAAUGCACUUUCUCGACCUCUUUAAAAGCACUCCUUGAGUCAACCAUGGCAUAUUAAAGAGCAUGAAAGAGGACAGUGCCAAAAUGUUGGAACGUAAUAGAUUACGUGUACGAACAUGCAUCAAUGGACAUUUACAGGGAGGCUUGUCAAUACUGCAGCCUCAGCUGGAUGCAGUCUAUCGGCUUCUUCCCUCCAACCCCAUCUUGUUUCUCCUCUGUCAGAGCCCCCUCCCUCUCUUACCCCCACCCUCUUGUACUGUCCCCUCCUCUGCCUCUUGCCCCCUCUCUCUUUCUCUCUCUCCCUGUGCACCUCUAGCUUCACUAGCAGUACUCUUGAGCAUCCUUGCCGUUGCUAUAAAUAUCUGCUGGUAGCUGUAGAGCGGUGGCGGCAGCAGCAGCAGCAGCAGGCAGGCCAGAGGGAGGUGCAAGAGACCCGGGCUAGAGGACACAAGUAUAGGACAGGACAGGGCUGCACUAGUAGAGCGGAUAGCAAGAUAACAAGCAGGUGCUGCUGAAGAUGUAAAUGAUAAGUUCCAAGUGGAGGACAGCAACUGUUUUAAAGUGAUCUUGUGGUAAACCUGGGAGUCAGGCUUCCCUGGACUGGACUGGACUGGGCUGUGCUGGAGUACCAUUAAGACUCUUCAGGAGAGAAUGGAUCUCUACUUUGCCUGGCCUAACGCCAGGAUUUGCACGCCCCGGACAUGAAACCAAUCUCAACCCAGGCUGCCGCUCGUUCAGUUUUGUAGAGACAUGCAGGCCGGCAAGGGCCGGGGCGGGGCUGAGAUGUCAUGCUCCUGUGUUGCUGGUGGUGCCUGAGGUCUGAAGCGGUGGAGCUGGACAGCCGAAGGGUGGACCACCUCGUGCUGAACUGUGAGGCCAGUGCCUCCGCCACCAUCCCGGCGGUUUCUCUUGACCAGUGGGAGCAGGAAGCGACCAAUGCUGCCUCGCAGCCCUCUCAGAGCGUGAAGAAUUCGACCUAUAGCCUGCCAUCCUACCACUCCUACAGUAACAGCUAUGACUACUCUGAGCAGAGCAGGCAAAGUGAGCGCCCGGGCCUCUGUGGACUGUCGAACCUGGGCAAUACCUGCUUCAUGAACUCUGCUGUGCAGUGUUUAAGUAAUAUCCCUCCCCUUACGGACUACUUUCUCAAAGACAAGUACACCAGUGAGCUGAAUGCAGACAACCCGCUGGGCAUGAAGGGAGAGAUUGCCAAAGCCUACGCUGAGCUUAUAAAGCAGCUGUGGUCCUGCAAAUGCAGCUACGUUACCCCAAGGCCUUUCAAGACACAGGUGGGCCGCUUUGCUCCUCAAUUCUCAGGCUACCAGCAGCAAGACUCUCAUGAACUGCUUGCUUUUCUCCUGGAUGGUCUUCACGAGGACUUGAACCGGAUCAGGAAGAAGCCUUACAUACAGCUAAAAGAUGCCAACGGCCGGCCUGAUAAGGUGGUGGCAGAGGAAGCUUGGGAGAACCACAUUAAGAGGAACGACUCCAUAAUUGUGGACAUCUUUCAUGGUCUGUUUAAGUCCACCUUGGUGUGUCCUGUGUGCUCCAAGGUCUCUGUGACUUUUGAUCCUUUCUGCUACUUGACACUGCCUUUGCCCAUGAAGAAGGAGCGCACACUGGAGGUUUAUCUAGUCAGGUUGGACCCUUUGGCCAAACCCACACAGUACAAACUGACCGUGCCAAAGGUGGGGUACAUCUCUGACCUGUGUACCUCCCUCUCCAUCCUGUCUGGGGUGCCUGCUGAGAAGAUGAUUGUUACAGACAUCUACAGCCACCGUUUUCAUCGAAUCUUCGCCACCAAUGACAAUCUCAGCAGCAUCAUGGAGAGAGAUGACAUCUACGUCUUUGAGGUAGCGGUGAACCGGGUGGAGGACACGGACCACGUCGUCAUCCCUGUGCACCUGAGGGAAAAGUAUAAACAGUCGGGAUACAACCACACCAGCACGCCGUUGUUCGGACUGCCUUUCCUCAUCGCCGUCCCCAGGACGCUCAGCGAGGACAAACUCUACAACAUGCUGCUAAUUCGCCUCUGCCGGUUUGUGAGAUCCUCUGUAGAGGAAGAUGAGGAUGACUGCGAAGAGAGUCAGUCCACCAAACCACACACUGUCAAUGGCAACACUACGAAUGGCCUACUGGAGGAGGGGUCACCAAGUGAGAUGGAGACCGACGAGCAGGACGAUGAGUCCAGUCAGGAUCAAGAGCUGCCCUCGGAGAACGACAACAGCCAGUCAGAGGACUCUGUUGGCGGAGAUAACGAGCUAGAGAAUGGCAUGGUCGCCCUGCAGAACUCCACCAAAGGCCAGCAGGCCAUCACCGGGCACAACAGAAAGAGACUUUUCACAUUCCAGCUCAACAACAUGGGAAAGACGGACUUCUCCCUCAUCACGGACGACACACGGCAGAUCCGGUUUGAUGAGGGACACUUACGGCUCAGCGACCGUUCUUAUCUUUCUUUGGACUGGGAGCCCGAGAUGAGGAAGAAGUACUUUGACGACACAGUUGUUGAGGACUUUGACAAGCAUGAGAGCAUGGACUACAAGCCUCAGAAGAAGGCCUUCUUCAAGCUGAAAGACUGCAUUGAACUUUUCACUACAAAGGAGAAACUGGGAGCCGAGGACCCUUGGUAUUGUCCAAACUGUAAGCAGCACCAACAGGCCACCAAGAAACUGGACCUUUGGUCUUUGCCGCCAGUGCUGGUGGUCCAUCUGAAGAGAUUCUCCUACAGCCGCUACAUGAGGGAUAAACUCGACUCCCUUGUUGACUUCCCACUAAGCAAUCUGGACAUGUCGGAGUUUCUGAUCAACCCCAACAGUGGACCGUGUCUUUACGACCUUAUUGCCGUGUCCAACCACUAUGGCGGCAUGGGGGGAGGCCACUAUACUGCUUACGCUAAGAACACAGAUGAUGGAAAGUGGUACAACUUUGAUGACAGCAGCGUGUCGCCUGCCAGUGAAGAUCAAAUAGUGUCCAAAGCGGGCUACGUGCUCUUCUACCAGCGCCAGGACACCGUGAAAGGCACCGGCUACUUUGCGCUCGACUGCGAGAAAGAGGAGGAGGAGGAGGAAGAGGAGGAGGAGGAGGAGGAGGAAGAAGAAGAAGCAGCAGAGGACGACGACGAGGAGAACGAAGAGAGACGAAGCGCCUGCUCAUCUUCUCAGGGCGCCGCCUCUCCUGCUGCCGCUCUUGUUGCUACCGCCGCGCAAAGCGAAGACCCGAAUGAGAACAAGUGCAGGAAGAAUGACAAUGAGCCAGAACAGGAAGAAGAGGAGGUGCCCAGUCGAGAUGUCACCAUGAGCGCCAACUGACAGAAGCGAGGGCAUAAAAAAUCAGAGCGAGAAAGAGGGAUCUUUCCAUCCAAAGCCAUAUGGACACACAGCAUGGCAAACGGGCGCCAGCAGACCCAGCCGGGUGGCUCGGACCGAACCGCAGCCAAUGUGGGCGUGGCGUUAGUGGUACGUGGAGAAUUCAGGGCCCUCCCCCUGUGGCUGAAUCACUGUUUGUGUGCGUGCGUGCGUGCGUGUAUCAGAGAGUCACCUGUUACAUUUUUGUUUCUAAAGGAAUCUUUAGGAAGUCUUUGAUUCUGAGGCUACGUCAGAGCAGUUUGCGUUGUGAGUCUUUUAUAUCUCUGAGAGAAAGUUAUCAUUUUAGUAUCUUGAGUUUGUACAUAUUUUAAACACUGAACAGUAUGUGUGCUGAUGUAUGAACUGCACAAUCACCAACCAUCCACAUUUUGCUUUUGUUGUAUUGCCACGCACUGCAGUAUAGCUCAGAGAUGAAUGUGAUGUGACUUUCUCUGAUGAACAACACAAAGUGUAGGAAGCUGCCUUCAUUAGUGCAGGCCACGCGCAUCCUCAAUUUGGAUGCCUGUUUUUGUAUUCCUUUAUUUUUUUUUUUUAAGUAUGAAAUGCCAAACUUUUGAGCUUUGCUCCCCUUGCUGUGACCUUGUUUGCGUAAGCGUCGGCGAGCUCACUACCAGCUGUUUAUGGCGCCCUCUGUUGGCCAUUUAUAAAUGCGCACAUAAACAGCAUGGCGAGAGCCCUCCAGCUACCUUUUGAAACUAAAAGUGAAUUAGUUGAUGUGCCAGAAAUUGAGGAGGAAUGGUGUCUUAAAUCAACAUAGUGUGCAGUGAAUUUCAGAGCCUGCAUCCCAACCUCUAAGGUGUGGUUUCUCUGAUGUCACAUCUUGUCGGGAUCACCUCAGCCUUAACUCUCAAUCUUUCUUCUCUCUUGCAUGACCCCUUCUAACACACUUGAAUGUUCAUAAUAGUCAGGAAGCUCUGCUUAUCAUAUCACAGCCACAUAAUCUCCCCUUUUCUUGUAAUCCACAGGAGGGCCAGAAUGUAUGCGCAGUGAGCACUGACCAGAUGUAUGCGAUCGAUGCCUUUUUUUUCUCGUUCUUUAUAGAGCCACCUUUGUUUCGCUUUCUCCAGUUGGUUGAAUGUGAUGGCUUCUCUGGCCUUUUGACUCUAGCUGGAUGCUGAAUGCUUGCGCUUUGGGGACGGGGGUUAAGGCUAGGGAAGAGUCCACCUUUAAAAAAGAAAAAGAAAAAAAAAGCCUUUUCAACAUAUUGGAUCGUGAUCAAGUGGCAGAUUGUUGCAGGAUAUUCCUCCAUCAGUGAUGCAUUUAUUCUCCAUGGUGGAGUGAGGCUCUUUGCAAUGUGUGCACCACGCCGUUUUACAGGCAUCUCUGUGCUUUGCCUCGCUUUUUGGCUGAGUUACCCCCCCUCCCCUUUCCCGAAUGAGUGAGACAUGACUGCUAUAAUAGACCUAUACCGUACUGUAUAUAAGAGUUCACUCUGUGAGUGCACAUUUGAUAAAUUUUAUUUAUUUAUAUGUAAGCAUUUAAUAAGGAAACAAUAUAUUUACAACCUUGACAAGAGUGGGAUUAUUAGGAAUGUAAAGGGUGGGGUUGACCUCGUGAAUAUUAGUUAGCAAAGCCUGUUCUUGUCAGGGAGGAAAUAUCUUUUUUAUUUUAUUUUAUUACUUUUUUUUUUUUUUUUUUAAAUAAAGGAUGUUUUUGGGACUUUUUUGUACGAAAAAAUCCAGGCAUCCUUGCAUGAUUGGGGUUUCCAGGUUUUGGCUGCACUUGAGUUCACUUGGGUUUACAUUUGAAAUGUGCAUGUGUAUUUAUACACAAUCUUCAAUAAAGUUGUGUAACGCUU